AUGCCGCUAAACCAUGGGCCGAGUAACGCUGUCCUUCAGGUUGUUUUGGUGGUUUUCGUUCUUCUUGUGUUUACUGCAGGUAUAGUCUGGCUGCUUCAGGAGAAACUCCUUUUCUUCAAUGCAUUUCCAUUGGGGCACAAGACCCCGAGCUUGAAUCCUCGCGGUAUUCGUAAUCCAGGAGAAAGAGGCACCCCCUACAGAGAUGUAUCCAUCACAACUCGUGAUGGCUAUAGAUUGAACGCAUGGCUGCUGCUACAGGACGACCCAUUGGCGGUUCCGACUUUUAUAUUUUUUCAUGGAAAUGCUGGAAAUAUGGGGUUUCAUCUGAACCAUGCAGACCACAUUCGCAGAGCCGCUGGCGUGAAUGUUCUGCUGCUCGAUUACAGAGGUUACGGGAAUAGCGAGGGAACACCCACAGAGAAAGGGGUUUACGCAGACGCGGAUGCUGCCCUGGAUUUCCUUUUGAACAGUUCACUGGUGGACAGCGAAAAUAUAUUUGCAUUUGGUCAUAGCUUGGGUGGCGCCGUUGCCAUUGAUCUCGCAAGCCGCAGAGGAAACGAACUCAAAGGAGUAGUUGUGGAGAACACAUUUACCUCGUUGCGUGAUAUGGUUCAUACUGUGUGCGGCUUUACGCGCCAACUGAAUUGGCUGCUGAAUAUCAUUCAGCGGAUGAAACUGGAGAGUGAAGAGAAAGUUCGCAGGUUGAACAUACCGGUGCUUUUUAUUUCGGGUGGCAAGGACUCGCUCGUACCUCCUUCCCAGAUGGAUAAGCUCUACCAUGCCUGUACUUCGAAUUUUAAAUGGAGAUUGGAUGUUCCCAACGGAGAGCACAAUGACACGUGGUUAGCGGCGGGACCCGUCUAUGGUGAGAGUAUCGAAGAGUUCAUCGAAGCAUCGAUUGCUGCGUCAACACAAGCUUGGAAAAAUGAAGCUGCGGCUGGGGCUUCGGCCAGGAGAGAUGACAUUGCUUCAACAGAUGACUCUGCGGGGAGGACAGAAGGAGAAACCCGCGAGAAGAUGGCCUCUAGCAGCUCACUUGAACGACGUCGAUAUGCAUUGCCAGACGCCUUCACUGCGAGCGAGUCCGGGAGGUCAUACAACUCAGCAGACGAAGAAAAUCAGGAAUUAACACCUGAAAACCCCUUGCCUUCAUCGAGAGACGGCGGGACUCAGCGAAUGACACCUGAAGACCCCUCGCCUUCAUCCAGUAUCAAGCUCUCCACAAUGGUGUUUGCUCUAUUGAUUUUAGCGCUGCUGAUGCGUAGAAAGCUCGUCAAGUCAAGAGCGGUAUCGCAACGCACAGAAGGGGAAGAUGUUCAAGAACUUCCUUCUAGUACGGUAGACCUCCCAUACAUGGAUCUGAAGACUACUGACCUCCGCGAAUUGCUGCCUCCGGGGUCCUUUUUCUUUCCCUCUUAUGGGGAGGUCGACACCGCAAGCGAAGCCAGUAACCCUGCCUCCGCACCGGUUGAGCCAGCUGUCGAAGAGCCAGACGUGGAACAUCUCGACGCUUCCACCUCCUAA